CCUCAUUGAUACGCCAAGGUCGUGUGUACACUCAGUCGCUUCCCGUCAGAAAACUGUUGCAGAGUGGUCUCGGUCGUCGUGGACUAAAGUGUGUGUCGCCCUUGCUCCCCACGUUGAAUACUUGUGUACAUAUACCGGAUUUUACAUACAUAACCAAACAUGGCUUCCGUCGCACCAGCGCCAACCGUUUUCGCCACGGAGCCCUUCAACCCCGAGCAGGCAGCGGAUGCUAUGAGGAAAGCCAUGAAGGGUCUGGGUACGGACGAAGGAACCAUCAUAAACAUAAUGAUGACCCACGACAACAGACAGAGGCGGGAAAUUGAGAAAACGUUCAAAACCAUGUUUGGAAAGGAUUUAAAAGCAGAGCUGAAGUCGGAACUGAGCGGCAGGUUUGAGGAUGUGACUCUGGCACUGUUGGAAGCCCCCAGGACAUUCGACGCCAAGGAACUCAAAGGGGCAAUAAAGGGAGCCGGUACUGACGAGACAACGCUGAUUGAGAUUCUGUGCUGCCGAACUAACAAGGAGAUCGAGGAAAUCAAGGCGGAGUAUAAACGAUUGUAUCAAAAGGACCUUGAGAAGGACAUCCAAUCAGAUACAAGCGGUCACUUCAAACGCUUUCUGACGUCACAAGUAACAGCCAAUCGAUGUAGCUCUACGGAAGUGAACCCUAGCGACGCCCUUAUCGAUGCCCAGGAACUAGUCAAGGCCGGCGUGAAGAAGUUGGGGACUGACGAGUCUGUAUUUAACCGCAUCUUGAGCCUGAGAAGCUACAACCAGCUGAAGGAGGUGUUCAAGGCUUACCAGAUGGCCUGUGGGGAGGACAUAGAGACCUCCAUCAAGAAGGAGACCAGCGGGCACCUGGAGCAGUCCUACCUCUCUGUCGUGAAGCUGGUUCGGAACACGCCUGCCUUCUACGCUGAGCUGCUGUACAGGAGUAUGAAGGGCGCCGGGACAAAGGACAAACACCUCAUCAGACUUGUGGUGUCCCGCUGCGAGAUCGAUAUGGGAUUGAUAAAGGAAGAAUUUGAGCGUAACUAUGGUAAAACGUUGGCUAGCUUCAUCAAAGGGGACACAAGUGGCGAUUACAAGAAGAUUCUUCUGGGUCUCAUCGGAGAAGCGUGAUGACGUCAUCAUACAGUGUACGUCAUAAAGCACAUGACGUCAUUUCAUCAUACCACGACACAAUUAAUCCCACAAGUUCAACCUCUUGGAUGAGUUUGUAGUCAUUUGUCAUACCUAACGAGCAGUCAUCAUUAGUGAAAGUGAACAGUUUGUGAAAAUGGAACCAUUUGUUUGGAAGUCUUGGAAGUAUAUGCAAUAUUGUUACUAUGGAAUCAUUACUACACGUUACUCGUUGUUAUACAGAAUCGCUUUGUGUAUAUAACAUUUACGUAGCCACGAUUUCGUUGAAGACACAGGUAUUUUCCACUGGUAUUGUGUAUCAUCAUCAAUGCCCAUUGUAUGUUAUCUGUGUUCUAUAAAGAUAAUUAUCAUGGACCUA